GAGGAAAGAAUAGUACCUUCCUUACAUAGAAGAAACCUAAAAAUCGCAUAACCUAAAAGCAAACCUAAACCUAAGUCGACGGCGACAGAACACAACUCUCAGAUCUUCCUCUCAUGGCACCGAAGCAAGCUGAUAAGAUCCCAAACCCUCCCGCCGCCUCUUCCAGCGAAGAGGAAGAGGAAGAAGAGUCCGGUUCCUCCGGAGAAGAAGAAUCCGGAUCCUCCGAUAACGAAUCUAACGACAUCAAAUCCAACCUCACUCAAAAACCUCCUCCUCCUCCCGCAAAAAAGCCUGAAUCCGAUUCCGAAGAAUCCGAAUCCGAAUCCGACUCCGACUCCGAACCUCCCACCAAAACCAAGCCUCUCAACACCGUCGCCACCAAACCAAAACCCGAUACAACAACAUCCGGAUCUGCUCCACCCGAGAGCUCUACUGCUAAGCGUUCACUAAACCAAUUAGAAAACGAGCCUAAGAAUAAGAAGGCAAAGACACUAACAACAGAGAAUGUUGAUAACAAGAAGAAGAAGGACGAAGAGGUUAAGAAAAUCUCCGGAGAAGAAGCUAAGAAGAUGUUCCAACGACUAUUCAGCGAGACAGACGAAAUCGCGAUGCUUCAAGGCUUUCUCGACUUCACUUCAACUAGAGGCGACCCUUACGAGAACAUGGACGCGUUCUGCGAUUACGUCAAGACGUUAAUCGAUUUCAACGCUUCGAAAGCUCAGAUCGUUACGAAGCUACAGAGGUGUAAGAAGAAGUUUGUUAAUAUAGUUAAGAACGCGCUCAAGAAAGGUAAAAGUGAAGAUGAGGUGACGUGUUCCAAGGAUCUUGAUCAGAAGGCGUUUGAGUUGUCGAGGAAGAUUUGGGGAGUUAGUGGUGUUCUUCCUGCUAAACCUAGGAAGUUGUCUAAAGAUGUUGUUGUAAAGUCUCCUCCUUCGCCUUCAUAUACGCCUAAGAAGGAAGGUAAAGGGGAGAAACGGAAGGGGAGUGUUUCGUUGAGUAGAGAGAUGGGUUUGUUUUUUAAGGCGGAGAAUGUUGGUGUGUUUGGUUUGGAUGAGUCUACGGUGAGUAGGGUUUGGGAUAGGGUUGAGGAUGGGGCGAAGAAGAGGGAGGUGGAGGAGAAGCUGAAGAAGCUUAAGGAUAUGCAGGUGGAGCUUUGUUUGCAGAGGACUGCUUUGUUGGAUACUACUGCGAAGAUGAUAUUCAAAGACAAUGCGUCGUCUUCGUCUUCAUGAUGAGUUAUAUUGAUGGUUUGUUCUUUUUACUCUUUUUAGUAUAUUGUGGAACUAAUGCUAUCGUAAGUCUUAGUCAAUAUUAUGCCCUUAUGUUGUUGGAUGCUUGGUUUGGGUAUAAUUCCCUUAUGUGGAAUGAAUAUUUAUUCCCCCUUGUUAUUUGCUUUUGUGCUAAUAGUUUCUUUUCUAAGCAAUGCAAAGUGUCUGAUUCUUAACUCUAGUUUAACCCUAAAUACAUUGUGUUAUUAGGAUGCCAGUUGUUAAGUUAGUAUAGUGUAAGUUAAUGGAUAGAAAGUCUUUGCUUUGCUUGUUUUGGAAAUCAGCUAUUUUUAUUGCUACUAUGUAAGAAAAUCA